UCUCAGAGCUUUCAAAAAGUUUUUGACUAACCAGUUUGACAUAUGAGUGCAUACCGUAUAUCGCUUUGUAUUGUGAAUUUGCACAAAGAAUUCGACUUAUAAGGGUGAUUUUAUAAUUCAAAAGUUAUGUGAGAAAAAAGAAAAAUAUGGCAUUCCUGUGUCCGGUUAGAAUUCGAAGGGGUAAGAAGAAAAAAUCAAAUAGUGGGGAUUCUGACAAAGAAUUAUCAAGACCUGGCUCCGGUCUGAGUCCUGGCAUGGGCAGGAUCACAGGAUCCGCUAGUAUUGAAACUUUAGUGAGAGUUGGUAUAGAGAAAGAACAUGGACUCAGCCCCGAUUCCAAAAUGGUGGUGCUACAUGACUUUGCACCAUGUGUUGAUGAUGAAUUAGAGGUGAAGCGUGGCCAAAUAGUAAAUGUAUUGUAUCGUGAAAAUGAUUGGGUGUAUGUAAUAGUUGCGGAAUCUCGCCGUGAAGGAUUUAUUCCACAUUCAUAUUGUGCUCCGUGUGAACAUCAUGAUUUGAAAAAGAAGUUGCCGAGGAGCAGGUCACCGACUGAUUUAGCCCAUAGAGAUGUGUCUCAACUAUCUCUAUCAGAUGGUGCAACAAAUGAUGGUCAUUCAGAGUUGGGAAGCGAGGGGGAAGCAUGUCCCUUCAGUAAGGACCCGUCCGGACGAUAUGUAGUGUUGUACACAUUCACAGCACGAGAUGAGAAUGAUGUUGAUGUGGAGAGAGGAGAAUUUGUUACAGUUUUAAACAGAGAAGAUCCAGACUGGUAUUGGAUUGUGAGGAGUGACGGUCAGGAAGGCUUUAUACCUUCAGGAUUUGUGUAUCCAGCUGUUAGUCAAGCAACACAACAAGAGAAUAAUCAGCCCGUACAUUCACCAACAACGAAUACAAAUACAAUGAUGUCAAAUAACUUGUUGUCAAACACAUCUCUCAACAACACAACACAGGAUACUGAAGGACGUUAUCACGGAACUGAACUAGUCAUGUUGUACGACUAUAAGGCGCAAGCUCCCGACGAUUUGUCGGUGAAGCGCGGCGAGUGGGUGUACGCGGAUCUGACGCAACAGACUGUGGAGGGCUGGCUGUGGGCUCACGCACCUAAGUCACGUCGCUCCGGCUUCAUACCUACCGCAUACGCCCGCGCACCCCAUACUACGUCACUGUGAAAUGAUAACAAACAGUAGUGGCUUUCUGGGACCAAAAUCCACUUUAAAAAAAUAUUGUUAUCUCUGUUUUGUCAAACAUGAAAGAACAAUAUGUUUAUACAGAAAUAUUGGUCGCAGAAAUCAAUGGUUAGAUACUCGGAAGCUCUGAUGUGUUUAAGUUGAUAACAGUCUCCGUUGUAGCACAAAAAGAGUUCAGAGUUGGUCACACGGGGCUUAUUAGUGUAUAUUAAAAUACAAUCACAGUUUUACUGAAUUUCAGUGGAAAAGUUUAUAAUACUUGCCAUUAUCAUAGAGGUUAUGUUGUAGACAUAAUAAAAUAAGAGAUGCGAAGAUUAAAUAAACUUCAAUUGUGUGAUAAUUCCAUUCAUUCCAUUAGUUUAAGUUUGUGAAAAUGUUUUUAGGUUAUAAAAAUUUUUUGAACAAUAUUUUGCUAAUAGAACUCCUGACAUUUAACAAUGUAUGGGACCAAUGCUUUAUGUUGUAAAAAAA